GCUCCGGGCGCAGGGCCGAGGCGAUGCCCUCCCACCCGGCCCCGGCGCUUCCCCGGCCGGCUCCGCCUUUCCCUCCCCGCCUGCGGGAAGGCAGGGCCGGGCCGGGCCGGGCCGGGGCGGCGGCGUUGUCGGCCAUGUCCUUGCCGCCGGCCCCCCCCGUCACGGAGCAGGUCCGCAGGGCGCCCGCCGCGCCCAGCCCGGAGGCCGCGGAGCUGCGGGAGGCGUCCCGCUGCCUGGUGGCGGACGGCGAGGGGCGGAGGGUGCCCUUCGCCGCCCUGUACGGGGAGCAGAAGGCCAUCGUGGUGUUCGUCAGGAGUUUUUUGUGUUACACCUGCAAGGAGUAUGUGGAAGACCUGGCAAAAGUCCCCAGGAGUUACUUACAAGAAGCAAAUGUGAGGCUUAUUGUUAUUGGACAGUCAUCUUAUCAUCACAUCAAGCCUUUUUGCAGUUUAACUGGUUAUACCCAUGAAAUGUAUGUAGAUCCACAAAGGGAAAUUUAUAAAACACUUGGCAUGAAAAGAGGUGAAGGUAAUAACUUACCAGUGCAGAGCCCUCAUGUAAAAUCAAGUGCGUUCUUGGGAAGUAUUAAGAGUAUGUGGAGAGCAAUGACUGGUCCAGCUUUUGACUUUCAAGGAGACCCCGCUCAGCAAGGAGGAACUCUGAUUUUAGGCCCAGGUAAUGAAGUUCAUUUUUUGCACCUUGAUAAAAACAGGUUGGAUCAUGUUCCCAUUAACACAGUUUUGCAACUGGCAGGAGUUAAAACAGUAAAUUUCACAAACAAACCCCAGAUUAUUGACAUAUGAUGCAGAGAAAAUGUGUCAUUUUUUGUUUAUUCUCUACAAGAACGAUUCUGCAGUGAAUUGCCACCAGCAUCUGUACUCUUGCAUCUUUAUGGGACAUCAGAAACCAUAUCUAGACUAUCAGAGCAAAGAAUAAACUACCUGACACUGAAGACGGAUGCUGAAGUGCUAUUUGUGUGUAAGAUAACAAAAACUAAAAUGCAACUGAUACUUAUUGCAAAAAUUCCUGCAGCUUAUUAUUUUCUCAUGUAACAAUCUUGCUAACACAUUUUGAAAAUCUUCCUUUGGGAUGCAUUAAACAAAAAUCUGGUUUUGCUUGGGAAGAACUUGGGAUUCUUGCCUUUCGCUAAAUCACAUCGGCUUUCAACCCAGAACUUCUCAGUGGUUUUCAAGCCUCCAGCACUGUGUGGCAAUCUUGUAUUUAAAAUACACUUUGAAAGCUCACUGUUGCAAACAGUGGGAUCUAAGCCGUUAUCUACUCUUGCAUCUGGCAAGGGUGGACGUUAUGGAAUACAUUUAAUAGUUUAAAAUAAAUAUUUUGUAUAUAUCAUC